AUGCCUUCCAUCAAGAACAUUAACUUCUUCUUAAUCCAAUUGACAAUUAAAGAAGAACUAGCCAGUCAUAGUCGUUUGAACUUUUGGUCUGUCUAUACCAACUCUUCAACUUUUAAGCGAUCCGUAUUCUUUAAAAGCGCCAACACCUCUGUAUUGAUAUUUCACCUUUUCUUAUUAUUAGACCUUGUCAGCUUUACUCGCAUGCAAUUUCUUUUGAUCCUAAUUAGGGACACAUGGUGGAUGAUGAGCACAUACUAUGAAACCAAUGAGUGUCCAGAGGUAAAAAAAACCUUAAUUCUUGGAGGCUCCAAGUUGGUUUUGAUGGUGUCAAAUUUUGUCAAAAGCGUUACAUGGCUUAGAACUUUAAGCUUCAUUUUGUUUCUUAUUUUUGUAAACAUAGGGCUUUGUAAACCCGGCUAUAAGAAUGCGCUACUUCGAAAAGAAUAUUUUCCUAUCAUCUUCUUUCCUCUUUUCUCUCUUUCAUUUACUUAUUCAUUUAUUUUUGAUAAUUCCCUUCGAGAAAAGGAUAGAGCCAUUGCCUCCAUCAUGCUGGCAUCAGAAUUACCUGUCGAAAUUAUGCUCUGUAUUGCAGAAUCUCUUGAACUCCGGGAUAAAGCUCGGUGCUGUCUCGUUUGCAAGGGCUGGCUUCCAGGUUUCCAAAAAUCUCUUUUUGAAAUAAUCGUUCUUAACAAAAUUGGUAUCAACAAGCUACUCGAUCCAACAAGUCCGGCAAGUAAUCUCCUUCUAGAACAUGGCCACAAUACUCGAACACUUCGAAUUCGCAAAGACAGUCUCUUACACAAUCGAAAACUUUACGCUUUUCAGAAACACUUUCCGAACCUAGAAUGUUUCAGAUGGGAAUUGUCUCGAUUAAUAGAACCUUUUGUGCCAAAUGAUAUCUAUGGGUGGAAUAUGUGGACAGAAUCUCUCACGAAACUUGAGCUACACUUAAGUUAUCAUGUUAACAAUGAUCAGGACAAGAUCUUUAAUUUGGUUCGCUUGAAUCUAUGUCGACUCAAACAAUUAAAAUUAUGUGUUAGCGGUUCAGACAUGCACCCAUUCACGUUCGAUGAUUUUGAACUCCUUAAUGACCAACUACCCGAAUUGAUGUGCAUGUCGAUUACAGCUCGAUUUGAGGAAAUGAACUAUGAUGAAUUAUCGAAAGUUAAAGAAGUGAAACCGAGACCAUGUUUCAAAUCCCUACAAAUUCAUAUCGGAAAAUCUACGUAUGAAUGGAUUUAUUACAUUGCUAUCAAGUAUCCAAAUAUCAGUACUGUUGGUCUACUUUAUUUUGGCCAGGCCUUAAGUCUAAAUCUGCUAGCUUAUCAGACGCUGACAAGGCUUGCCGAACUUCCACGUCCCUUGCAACAGUUGGAGAGAAUAGAUAUGACAGUCCAUGUCCUCGCUGUACACAUAUAUCAGAUUUUUCUAAACCAACUUCAUGGCCUCAAUAUUCCAAUCAAGCAUGUCUGGCUAGCUGUCGCUUCUAGGCAUUGUCUCGAUAACGCAUCAAAAGACUAUGCUCGGCUAACAGCAAAGCCAUGGGCAAAUACAUUGAAAGAACUCUCAAUUACAUACUAUUCAAGCUAUUCAGGUUCUUUUCACUUUUUCAAUCAUGAUGACUAUUAUCCUUGCCUAGUUGAUCUUAAUAUCACCGUCUACGGAGCUGUCAUCUUCAUUAAUGUCGUCUUGGCAAAUCGCCCAUCGUUAAAAACCAUCAAAGUUACUUGCGGUUUAGUCAGCUAUGGGCUAGGCUCAUCUACCCCUUCAAUUAAGCACGGAUUGCGGGAUUUAUCACUUCUGAAAACGAAGAUUUCUACAAAGACACUCACCUAUAUUUCUAUUUACUGUGAUAAUCUGAAAAACAUGACUCUAGAUCGCGUAAAGAUACUAGAAUCACAAAAUAUUAUAAAUUCUCCUCAUUGUAUCGAUAUGUCAUCGACCCACUUUAAAAAGCUUCGUAUUAAACAUAUUGAAUUUAUUAAACAGACUAAAAGUAAUAUCAGCGUGUUUCUUUUUCCUUCGUCAGAGGAGAAGAGAGAGAAAAUAAAAUAUCGUCGCCAAAAUCCUACAGAAAACGUGUGGGCUUGCUUCCAUGACUGGGAAUCGUAUGAUAAAGGAUUAAUAUUCGAUGUACAAAAGAAAGGUGAAGAAGCAGAGAAGAUUGAAGAAUAUUUCCGUGCUUUCUCCUAUAUGUCUCGCCGUUUAGAUACCAUGCAUCAGUCUUUAGAACUCGUAGACCGACUGUCACUAGGAAUCUGGGCAAGUUUUCUUCCUGAUGGUUAUGUUACUCUUAAAUACGGUUCUGUAGAAGAUCUUGUUAUUGGCCCCUAA